CAGAGGAAGGAUGACAGCAUUUACUGCAAGUGUUACACAAUGGCGUCUUAUCUGCACUCACCUCGGGGAGGGCUGUUCCAAGACCAGCAGGUGCACCUUGCUUGAGAUUGCAUGGAGAAUGAGAAGCAGACGGAAUCCUGGUGGUCUGAGGGAGACGUCGGUCCUGCUGCAGCCUGAAGGAAGAGAUGAAAAGGCAGAGAUCUUGGGGGAACUGGGAGCUCUCAGGAGGUAAUCCUGAGGACAGUACAGACAGCAGUGAACAGGAUGGCCCCGCCUCACUCAGGUCCUCGUCCUGGUCCCUGACACACACCAUGAACUACGUGGGCCAGCUGGCAGGCCAGGUCCUGGUCACCGUCAAAGAACUGUACAAGGGCAUCAACCAGGCCACGCUGUCGGGCUGCAUCGACGUCGUGGUCGUCCGCCAGAGAGACGGCACCUACCAGUGCUCCCCGUUCCACGUGCGCUUCGGCAAGCUGGGCGUCCUGCGCUCCAAAGAGAAAGUGAUCGACAUCGAGGUGAAUGGAGAGCCUGUGGACCUGCACAUGAAGCUGGGGGACAACGGCGAGGCCUUCUUCGUCCAGGAGUCGGAGCAGCUGAACAUCGUCCCCGCUCACCUGGCCACCUCCCCCAUCCCCACCGAGAGUCACCUGUUCUGGAUCUCCGAGGUGGAGCACAGGGCCCCUAAAGACCUGGAAGACCUGGACCCUGUGGACCUGGAAGACCCCCCCGAGCCCCCCGCCCCCUGCACCGUGGCGACCAAGAAGAAGAAAAGGCGGCGAAAGAAGCACAAAGGAGAUCCGCGCCGGGAGGAGUUGACCCCGCCCACACCUGGCAAUGCUGCCGCCGCUGCUGCUAACGCCACAACCGCUGCUAACGCUGCGACAACGCCUGCGUCCAGCCCCGGACAAAGUGAAGACAUCUUUGAGAUGGAGCUGAGCUCUGACGAGGACGCCGCAGCAGCACACGUCUCCAGGUCGACGUCGGUCACCACCAUGAGAGACAUCGACCCCAAACUGCCUGCAGCUCGACACAGCCUGGACGGUUACCCCCUGUCUGACGGGGACUGGGCGGACUCUGACAGUCACAGCUUGUCUCAGCCCUUUUCCCCGAAGAGCGACUCGGAGCUGGUGGUGAGGCCUUCAGAGAGCUUGCUCCGAGCGGAGUCCCACAUGCAGUGGACGUGGGGAGAGUUUCCUGAAACCACCAGGGUCACCAAGAAAGAGAAGGCCGAGCCGUUGAGGACGGUGACCAUCACCCCGUCAGAGAGCACACACUUCCGAGUCAUUCUCAGCUCCGAGGCCAUGGAGAGCGACUCCGGGACCGAAAAGAGGGACGUGUCCUCCGUCUGCACCAUUGUCAAACCCGAGCCACGCACCCCCGUCACCACUGUAAAGCCCAUCGCCCCCCCGACCUCCCCCAGCACUUUAACCUGUGUGAGUCCAGCGGCCCCCACAGAGCCCCUGGACGGGCUGCCGUCCAGCAUGGCGACCUCCACCCCCUCCCACAGCCAGCAGAGCGACUCUCCUUCCAAGAAGAAAGGAGUCCCAAAGAGGAGCCAGCACCAGGGUCCUGAGGACAUCUACCUGGAUGACCUGAAAGCUCUGGAACCUGAUGUUGCUGCACGCUAUUUCCCCAAGAGUGAAUCUGAGGCCGCCACCAAGCACUGGAUGGACUCAGAGAUCCACUCUGAGAGCCGCUCGGAGAUCCACUCGGGCUCUCAGUCCCCUCAGUCUGUGGGCAGCGCCGCGGCCGACAGCGGGACAGAGUGUCUGUCCGACUCAGCCGGAGACCUCCCGGACGUCACCCUGUCUCUCUGCGGAGGCCUCACAGAAAACGCAGAGAUAUCCAAAGAAAGAUUCAUGGAGCACAUCAUCACCUAUCAUGAAUUUGCUGAAAGCCCGGCGAUCAUCGACAACCCGAACCUGGUGGUGAGGAUCGGAAACAGGUAUUAUAACUGGACUCUGGCUGCUCCCCUCAUUCUGAGUCUGCAGGCCUUUCAGAAGAAUUUACCAAAGACGACGGAGGAGGCCUGGGUGAAGGAGAAAAUGCCAAAGAAGUCUGGACGCUGGUGGUUCUGGAGAAAGAGAGCAGACAGCACAAUCAAACAGUCAGAGACGAAGCCUGAAAACAAGGAGUCUCAUCUUGAAGAGGAAGCCUCCGUGUCUCAGGAGAAGCUGCCUUCACUGCCCAAAGCAGGAGACUCCUCCAGUGACGAGGAAGCUCAGGAGUUGAGCGCCGCCUCCUGCCCGGAGCGGCUGCCGCCUGGAGAGGGUCUGCACCACCCCAGUCCUCACGCCUACAGGAAGUCACUGCGCCUCUCCUCUGACCAGAUUGCCAGCCUGAAGCUGAAGGAAGGUCCCAACGACGUGACGUUCAGCAUCACCACCCAGUACCAGGGCACCUGCCGCUGCGAGGGAACCAUCUACCUGUGGAACUGGGACGACAGAGUCAUCAUCUCCGACAUCGACGGCACCAUCACCAAGUCGGAUGUGUUCGGACAGAUCCUGCCUCAGUUGGGGAAGGACUGGACCCACCAGGGCAUCGCCAAGCUGUACCACUCGGUGGCUGAGAACGGCUACAAGUUCCUGUACUGCUCGGCUCGAGCCAUCGGCAUGGCCGACAUGACCAGAGGCUACCUGCAGUGGGUCAACGACGGAGGCACCAUCCUUCCUCGAGGGCCCCUCAUGCUGUCUCCCAGCAGCCUCUUCUCUGCUUUCCACAGGGAGGUGAUCGAGAAGAAACCUGAGAUCUUCAAGAUCGAAUGCCUUACUGACAUCAAGAACCUGUUCCAGCACAACAAGCAACCCUUCUACGCUGCCUUUGGAAAUAGAACCAAUGAUGUGUUUGCCUACAAGGAGGUGGGAGUUCCGGUGUGCAGGAUCUUCACCGUGAACCCUAAAGGAGAGCUCAUCCAGGAGCAGACCAAAGGAAACAAGUCCUCCUACGGCCGGCUGAGCGAGCUGGUGGAACACGUGUUUCCUCUGCUGAGCAAAGAGCAGAACGAGGCCUUCGUCAUGCCCGAGUUCAGCUCCUUCUGCUACUGGAGGCAGCCCAUCCCCGAGAUCAACCCCGACGAGCUGCUGUGACCACUGAUGGACUGAUGGCUGACCUCCCUCCAGUGAGGAGGAGGAGGAGGAGGAGGAGGAGGAGGAGGAGGAGGAGGACCACCACCCGGCGGCGGAGCAGCUCUGCUCUGAGCUGUCCUCUGCAGAGAUGUCACCGCCGUCUGGUAUCCGUCAUGCUGAGUAGAUGAACUCUGGAAAACAACAUGAAACAGCUUCCUGUUAAUAAUGUCGUCCUGCUGUUUAUAUUUCUAUGUUCUGUCUGGUCAAACUGCUGAGUUUUCUGUUCACAGCGCAGCGCUUAUCGAUCCUGAUUAUUGUCUUUAACUUAUUGAAAAACUCAAACUGGUGACCAGCUAAUUCCACUCUGUUAUUAAAACAUGAAGGUUUAUUCACCUGCUGAGGUUGUUUGUCAGGAAGGAACUUCACCCUGAUCAGCCUCACCCUGUAAGAUCUCACUCCAGUCUCACCCCGGACAGCCUCCCCCGAUACUGUCCCGCCCGAACAGGUCAGAGAGAAGACGCAGAGCAGCAGGUAGUUCUUAGCAGGGUGACAGAGUGUCAGACAGCUUCACCUUCAGGCUGUGAGGAUCUGGAACGCCUCCCAUCUUUUCCUGUCGUACCACUUCCUGCCACCAGAGGGAGCAGCGAGUAGCUCUGAGGGGAAGAGCAGAGGUUACUCUGAAUCCACAGAGAGCAGGCCAGACUGCAUGGCUCCUCUGUAGAGGCUCUAGCGCUCCUCUGUAGAGGCUCUAGCGCUCCGCUGUAUUUCCACGAAGGUUCCACUGAGUUAUUUGUAAAUAGUGUUUGACUUUCACUGCACCGCGGAGCGGCCUUUGGAGGUUGUCUGGAGGUAAAUGUGAUUUUGGCUCAGUCACCUGAUGCUACACCCAGGAACCGUGGACCAACUCAAUAUUAUGGUUCAUCUGCAUGUUUCAUAUGUGGACAGAAACAAGGAAAGGUUUGUUGAAACAGCUAAAAAUGAUCAAUAUUUUUUGUAAUUGUUGAAUUCGUAACUGUAGCAUAAGUCUCAGUUUUGGUGGAUAUAGUGAAACUACUAACUCAACAGAAGAAAGACACGACGACCAGCUGGUUUAAAGCUCUUGAACUGCUGCAGGACUGAUGGGCUGGGACCAGAAAGCUACAGCUCACCAACAAAUGCACAAAAGCAUUCAGUGUUGAACCUGCAGAAAGCCUGUUCUGACAGUCUGAAUAGAUUCAUCUGAAGUAAAGGAUCUCCAUUCUUUCUAUGAAAGUAAAACAUCCUGUGUGAAAGAAUCACACUGCGUCUUUUGGAUAUGUGCUAUUUAUCGUGUAAAUAAGAUGCUUCUGUCUCUGAUGCCUUUUCUGUUCUUUCUUUCUUUAAGAAGUGUGUGACCUUUAGUGGAACUGUGUUGCUUCUGUUGGGAUGUAAUGCCUGCUAUUCAGAGUAGAACAUUUAAAUGUGUGCUGUGUUUGACUGGUAUAGAAGAACUAUCUUUAAAAAACAGAGUCGGCUCUAUGAAGAAGAAACAUCGCAGCCAAAUGCAGCCUGAAGCUUUGGGGCGUGUUUGUAUCGAAUAAAGUUUCUAACUGACAUUCAACAGCUUCAGCUCUUUAAAGCACGUUUAAUGUAGAAGAAACCACAUGUUCUGAAACAACAGACUUUAUUGUCUUUCAACACAUCACAGAAAACAUCAUUUGAUAUUUGCAGGCUGCUGGAUGUCGAUGAUUUACAGUUUGUUAACUCAAAUACAUUCAUCGACCGAGACAAACGGUGAGAAAUACUGAGCAGCUCCGAUUGUUUCUCAAUGACUGUGAAUAUCAAACACUCUAUUAUUACCAC